AUGAAUCAUCAUCCAUCUCAGCAACAACAAGAACAACAACAUUAUUUGGAUCCAAUUAACAUUGUUGAUGUUGUUGCCGACCAACCACCCAACCACCAUGACCACACCUCUCUCUUCCAAACAAACACUUCACAACAAAUUGUCCACACAAGCAACAACACCAACACAGCGGCGGCGAACACCACCACCAACUAUGAACCUUUGACUCAUCAUCCUCUCUAUUCGAACACAAGCGUCGCCAACACCACAAACACCACGCACUCUCCUUUUUAUAAUUCAUCGACGACUUCGACGACUCCUAAUCAUUUGUUACAUCAUUCAACAGCAGCAGAAGCAGCGAUUGGUAGUGGACUAGUCCUACAUGCCACAAAUUCAAAUAAUAAUAACAUUUCAACAACAGCAACCUUUACAAAUUCAACAAUGGUUGGAAGUAAUUGCUCUUCAUCGAAUCCAUUGCUCACACAUGCAUCAUCGCCCUCCAAUCAAAUGAUUCAUUCCAAUCAUUUGAAUAUUGUUAAUAAUAAUAAUAUCAAUAAUUUAAAUCAUGUGUCGUCGUCAUCAUCGAUGAAUCCACAAGAUUGUAACGGAGGAGGAGGUUCAUCAAGUACCAAUGGAUUAUUGUUUUCUGACUCAAAUUCAAAUAAUAUUACAACAACAGUUACAAAUAACAGUAAUAAUAAUAUCAAUAAUAAUAACAACCAGAAUACUCAAGUGUUACAAGAAUUGUUUCGACAACAGCAGUUACAGAGCUCAUAUCCAUAUGGCCAUUCGGGGAGCCAUCCAUUUAUAGAAAUCCAAGCAAGUCACUUGUCAAACAAUUUAACACAAGAUUACAACGGACAUGCCGUGUCCAACACAACCACCACCACCACCACCAACAACAACAACAACGCAGUUCCUUCACAUACAACUGAUUCCUACAUGGUUCACCACACCACAACCAGUGAAGGUUCCUAUCCUCAUCACCCGUUGCAUCCUCACCAACAUGACGGAACAACAACAACCAACACUCAGGACACAUCCUAUGACUUGUUAUUAAAUGUUGUUGGAGUUCGAAAUGAUCAUGCAAACAGUUCAUUGACACCACAACAUGCCAAUCAUUAUCUUGUCACAAAUCAAGGUGUCAAUGAUCCUCAUUCUCAUCAUCAUCACAUUUUGAAUGCAUCUUCUCAACCACCCAUUCCAUCUCAUCACUCAAAUUCCUCACAACAACAACAAUUCGUUCAUCAUCAUCAUCAUGCUUUAAAUAAUUUUACAAAUGAUUAUGUUCAACAACGAUUUGAGGACAAUCUUUUUUCAUUGUUGCAAACAUCAAAUUCGAAUCAACAAGAUCCUUCGAACAAUCCUACCAUGGACCACACGAAUGGCUUAAUGGAUCUUCAUCAUUCACAUGCAUCUUCUCAACCACCACAAGGUGGUGUGACCAAUGAAUCUUCUCAAUUAAGCUUUCAACAUUCAAUUCAUUCCAAUCACCCUUCCACCCAUGUUGGACAAACACAUUCUCAUGAACCAUCAUCACAACAUCAUUGGAGAGGAGAAAAAUUGAAUUUAAAUUAUUUUGACGUUCCCUAUGACACAAGUCAUCCCAUUCAUUCAUCUGCUCCAAUUUUAGGAGAUGUCCAUUCACAACCACAACAAUCACAACAACCACAACAUUCACACACGACUCAAAUCAUUAAUCCAUUAGAAGAAGUGGUUCAUCCUCAUGUGUUUCAUCCUCAAUCAAGUAUGGAUCCUCAUCCACAACAUCAAUUUUCAAAUAUUCAUCAAAAUGUCACAACAAAUCCCUAUCACACAAGUGCCUUCAUUCACACGUAUGGAAUGCAAGUGGCGUCAGAAGCCUCUCACCACACGCUUAAUCACAUGAUGGUGAAUCAUUCACAACCACAACAAACAAUACCAUUUUCUCAACAACAACAACCAUCAUCAUCAUUGAUACCAAGUCACUCGUCUCCAAUAAUGUCACAACAAGGUGGUCCAUAUUUACUCCAUUCUCCAACGAUGGCAAUGACUUCUUCGAAUCCUUCUUCUGUUCAUCCUGUUGUGAAUUCACAACAACAACAUUCACAACAUUCACAACAUUCACCAAAAUUACACAACACUUUACAACACAAGAAGUCCAUUCCAUCUUCGAAAAGUAAAAUCAUCUCCAUGAUGACCAAUGAUGGCUCCAAAAUGAUCCAUCAAUCCAGAAUGAAUUUAUCAGAUCCUGAUCUCAAUCAUGCAUCAAGUACACCCAUCAUUUGUAAUUGUUGUGGAAGAUCCGACAGUGAAGUCAGCUUUAAGAAAAAUUAUUCCAUUCACGAGGGAAAUAUUGAAUCUUAUCGUUCGACCUUUCCACAAAAUUCUGAAACAAUUACACCAGGACCUGUGUGUGCCACGUGUUACAACAAACAAUGGAGAUAUCAACGUGGAUUAUAUGAUCCACAAAAGUCAUCACGAAAAAAAGAAGGUCAUGUUAAAAAUUCACAACAACUUGUUGGAAAUACGGGUAACCAUUCACCUCAAACACCUUUACAAAAUAAUCGUGUCACAGCCAUUCAAAAUGAUUAUUCUUCAUCGUAUUCAAAUUCUCCAGUUUCCUUAAAGAAUUCUUCUCCAACACAAAGUUCCAAUGGAGGAGUGAAAAAGAGAAAAUUACCCAAUACUACUACCACCACCACCUUAAUUUCUUCUUCGAAUGGACAUUCCAACUCGCCUUCUUCUGUGAAUCAUCAUCCGUCACAUGGGACUCGAAAUUCAAAUAUGGAUGUUAUGGAACAGCAGCAACAGCAGCACCAACACAUGGAAGAAACAGACACAACAAUGAUGGAUUCAUCAUCUCCUCCCAUCACGGAUGAAACAUUCAUUCACAGCAUCAACAAGAAAAGUCGUCGUCAUUAUGAUUCUUCUAACUAUGUUUUACUAGAAAAAAGAAAUUCCAACAACAACCACAAGAAUGACAUUUCUAUCAUUGUUCAAUUUUAUCGAAUCGAUGCUGAAUGUUUGAAAGUAUUGUCAUUACCACAACCACAAGAAGAAGAACAACAACAACAACAUUCAGAAUUGAUCCAAUAUGAAGAUCUUUCUUUGAAAAGUUCUCAUUCAUCCUCUUAUUCACAACGACCAAAGAGAGAAGUGAGUGAUCUGAGUUUUGGUGGUGGAAUGAGUAAUGACAAAGAGAGUGGUCAUUAUGUGACAGAAAAUGAUGAAUUAUUAUUAUUGCAUCGAACAAUCAUGAUGAUGAAUAGUGAACUCCUUCAAGACUCGAUUCAAGAAUUUACGAAUCAACAAUUAGCCAUUCAACAACAAUUCAAAAUGUAUGGUCAUCAUGUGUGUGGUAGUUUCCUGAAUCCUGAAAGAAGAUGGAUGAAUCAUCACAAAGAUUUAAAUCUUGAAACGACGACCAUUUUGAGUGGUGGUGUUGAUGGUGAUAUGGAUGGUGGUGAUGUUGGUGAAUGGUUUCAUCACAACAAGAACAAAUCCUCUUGUUGCCCCAUUCGACAUUAUUACACCACUGCCCUUAGACUUGAUUUGAAAGACUUGCUUCCUUCUUCAUUAUUGAGAAGUGGUCAUGGUGGUGAUAGGGAGACCAUUAUCCGUAAAGAACAAUCUCAUCAUGAUGGUGGUAGUGUGGUUGUUGUUAUGGAGGAUAUUACCCCCACCAGUCAUACGACGACGAGUAAUGAAAGUAAUGAUGAUGAAGAGCUCAAUGAUGAUGAUGAUGAUGGUGGUGGUGGAGAGAGUGGUGUGACUAUUGUUGGCAUGGGACAACCAGAAACAAUGCUAACAACAACCACCACCACCACUACUACCACUACUACCACUACUACUGCUGGCGCCACAAGUACAAGUGAAUCGACAUUUUCAUCCAUGGCCUAUACUAUGGAACCAAGUGAUCUCAGGAUGAUGGCACACGGAAAACAAGCCUUCCUUAAUCUCAAGAAUCAAUUGGAGAAUCAUCUGGGUGAGAUUUAUGCCAAACAAGAAGCACUAGUGGGAAAGGUGACAAUGGAAACAUGUGAAAGAACUCAACCAUUCACGGUACGAAAGAAAUCGAGUACCUCCACGUCGGUCGAUGAUGAAGAUGUUGCAGCAGAAAACAUGAUUCUCACUACCAACACGAACACCAACACCAUGAUGGCGUAUGAAGAAGCUUUAUUAACCACAGACCAAGAAAAGAAGACUUUACAAUCAUCAUCAUUGGUCAGAUCUCCAACUGUGUUGUGUAUGAAGAUUACAUCGAUGGAUCGCUUCCACAAUAUGGUCUUUUUAGAUUUUGAUGAAUUCUACAUGAUGGAACGAUCGCUCUGUGAGGGUGAUUCUUUGAGCGUUUUUUUUAUUUGA